AUGGAAAGUUGGUCAGUGGAUAUUGUUCUUCUGCCUUUUUACAUCCUCAUCGUGAUAGCUGGGAUUUUAGGAAACAUUUUGUUUAUUACCGUGGUCAGGAGGCACCGAUCUAUGCAUACUACUACUAACUUUCUCCUGGCUAACGUGGCGGUUUCUGACAUCAUUUCCUUGGUGUUUUGUGUACCGGGAAUUAUUCUGCGAUUUGUGGAGCACCCAAGCGGUAAUGUGGGUAGUUUUCUAUGUAAGUUUGUGACGAUGCAUCUGGUUGCAGGGAUCACUUUACUCGUUUCAGGACUCACCCUUACUCUUAUUUCAAUUGAAAGAUACAAAGCUUUGCUGCGACCCACGAGUUUGCACUUAAAACUCCACAAACAACGCGUUAUAAUUGCGAUUUCCCUUAUUUGGGGAUUUUCCAUCGCUUUUGUUUUGCCUUUGUUUAUAAAGCAGAGAUACGAGGAAAAGGUGAAGCAGUGCUUUAUGGAGUGGAAAGAGAGUAAUUCUCGAAUUUAUUGGACACUGUUGGCGACACUGGUGGGUGUUGCAGUCAUCACUAUGACUUUCUGCUAUUUUCAAAUCAUAAAAGCUCUUUACUUCAAUAACAUACUUCCUCCUAAUGAAAGCAACAUCGAGCAAGACGACAAAGACAAACAAAAAAUCAUAACAAUUUUGAUAACAGUCACGUUUUCUUUCGUCUUAUGCUUUAUUCCGUUUAUAAUCGUCUCGGCGGUCAAUCUCUCCACUAGAAGCCUGCUGUACAAAUUGUCAUAUUUUCUUGUUUACACCAGCUGCUGUGGGAAUCCAGUGGUCUACAUAUUCCAAAGUGCAAAGUACAGAGCGGGAUUAAAGGAACUAUUUAAGGGAAGGCCAGCUGUUCGCCGAAGCGAAAGGUCUUUAGAAUUGUAA